AUGUGCGCAUGGAGGACAGGGAGUCCGCACGAAAGGCUGCAGGGCCCACGGGGCAAAGUGCGCAUGGAGGCCCGGGGAGGCUGCAAGAAUGGCCUCAGCAGUUGUGACCCUGUUUCGGCUGCAAUGGACUCUGCUCUGCCUGCUGAGGAGGAAGCUAUUAAGAACCUCCUAGAGAUGAAGGAAGAGGAGCAGGAGGUAGUAAAUGUGGUGGCUAACCUUACCUUGGUCAGUUCUGCCUGUGAUAUGGUUUCUACAGCUUAUGUCUCCACCAAGGAGAGCCACCCCUAUAUCAGAUCUGUGUGUGAGGCAGCAGAGCAAGGAGUGAAGAGCAUGACUGAAGCCAUAACUAGCUGUGUGCAGCCAGCUCUGACUACACUAGAGCUUCAAGUUGCUGUGGCAAAUGAAUAUGCCUCCAAAGGUGUGGAUAAAUUGGGGGAGCACCUCCCUUUCCUUCAAAAGUCAGUGGACUAGGUUCUCUCUGACACAAAAGAGUUGAUGUCAUUCAAAGUGGCUGAUGCCAAGGAUGGUGUGAGCAGCAAAGUGAUGGAAGUGAUAGAUGCAACCAAGGAAGCUCUUCAGAGCAGCAUGCAGGCUGCCAGAUUUGCAGUGACCAGCAGUGUGGCAACAGUUAAAGAUCCCAGAGUGUGUCAGAUGGCUGUGAGGAGAGUAGAAACUGUGCUGGAGGAAACAGCAGAUGACAACAGCCUGCCUAUGGAAGAUGAGGAUCUAGCCAAACUGGCAGCCUCUGAGGAGGGUGCUGACAUAAUGUCUGUGCAGCAGCAUCAGGAGAAGCAUAGGUACUUUGUGUGGUUGUGGUCUCUCUCUGAUGAACUCUGCCAGUUUGCCUACCUGUAGUCAACUGAUAAAAUGAAGUGGGCCUGGCAGGGCAUGCAGGAGACCCUUGCAUAGCUUCACUGCAUCAUUCAACUGCCCGGGCGCAGAAGGCAGMGACUCAGAGACUCGAGUGAGCUGCUGAACUUGCCCCUUGGGGUGAAGAUCCCUGUGGAGCYGGGCUCCARCACUGUCUUCUAUCGCACCAGGCUGGGGGUACAGCUUCACCGGCCAUGCGAGCAUUUUGAUCUUGGAGAUCCAUACUGUCACUUGCUGGGGAAUGAGUACAACAGUCUGCACGACCCCCAUUUGCGGGAGUACUACAACCGCAAAGACAACCUGCGCAGACUGAAGAGAGAAGGUUUCAUCACCAAGGACGGCCAAGUUGUUUGCAAUCUACGAGAAUUCAACCAAUACAGGCAAUACCUGACCACGCUCAAGAUAGAGCUUGAAAAAGCAGAGGGGCUAGAACAGGAACCUAAACGUUCACAG